GAAGAGUAAAUAAAACCUCGUUUUUAUACAAAAGUGUUGGAUUUGAUGGAUGCCAAAUUUUACUCAAACUCCAAAAAGAAAGGGCAUCCUACAAGUAGCCAUUCAAGAUUAAUAUCGCCUGAAAAGCAUGAAAACUCGAAUUCACCACCAGAGCGCGAAAUGCGCAGUGAAAGUGCAAUGCGUGGAAUGCAAAUGCAUGAUUUAAAAUUUUUGGUUCAAGAAAUCGAGGAUGAAUGGAAAGAUUUGUGCCGCGAGGACUAUCGUCCAAUAUCUACGGCCCUCGAAUUGCUAGAUGAAGACUCUUUUGGUAGAGAUUACAAAUCUUUUGUACGUGUAUACGAUAAAGUGAGUUCUUCUUUGCAAGCCAUUGCCGACCAGCACAAGGAUGAUUUUGCUCGAAGUGUGUCUGCAUAUGGAGAAAUCAUUGAUGGAAUACAAAGAUGCCUUGUCCGCAUAAACACUUUGAAGGGUUCGCUUGAAAACUCUCGAGAAUUCAUAGGCGUUACCAACAGCAAAGAUCUACAGCAAGUAAUGACAAGAAGCGCACAGCAUCGAAAAAUCAUCGAAAUCCUCAAAGAGAUCAACGAGGCAAACAGGGUUUUUGAGUCGGCGCCAAAGCUGUUACAAGCUAAAGACUACUAUAAUCUCUGUGAUUUGGUUCACCGUGUUCGCGAGCGCUUAAUGCACCCUGCUUUCGAUGGGAUUUUGGUUGUGGAGCAAUUUAAAAGCCGUUUAAAUGGAUUGGUAUCUCAUUUAGAAGAUGUCUUGUCAGAUGACCUUAUUUCCAUUGUUUUUCUGAAGAGACCUUUAGCCUAUCCCAUCAUGUCUGCUUGUUGCUCUAGUUCCCUACGAAUUUCUGACCCUCUUUUUUUACGUAAUUUUCUAACCAAAUCGGAACUCGUUCUGGUGCGUGAGCAAUACGAACAGCUAAAUUAUUUAAAAAAAUCUUUAUCGUUACAGCUUUCACAAUGUAUCGAAAUGAAAUUCGGCCAGGAUAGCUUUCGAGAUCUGCGUAUUAUUUUGGAGUCUCUCAACUUACUCGGAAAAUUACCAAAUGCAAUAUCUGCUUUGAAAUCUCGUACAUCAGCUGAAAUAUUUUCCACCGUGGAUACCGUAUCUCGUGAGUUUAUGACAAAAUAUGCUUUAAAUACCAAAGACGCAGGUGCCGGUAACUUUCCUGAUUCUUUAUUCGAACUUGGAUUAAAUGCCGAAUCUUACACGGAGCAAAAGCUUUUAUCUGACUUUUUUGAAGAAUUAUUUUUAAGAUUGAGAUGCAUUGUUAUGCAUCAUCGUGGAAUUUAUGAAUACUUGAUGAAACCAGAGACGCUAAGUGCUAUAGAUGCUUCAAAAUCUUUAAAGUCUAAUAUUACACCUUCUAAAACUCCUUCAAUACCAAAAAGCCCUAAAGUUGAAGCGGCGGAUUUUCAGGCUUUUACUUACGAACCUUUAGUGCAAGCCAUAGAGGGCGAACUUAGGUUGCUACUUCGUGAUUACCUUUUAUCAAAGGAUGAAUUUACUGAGAAAAUUGGAAGUAUCGAGCAAAGCAAUGAACUGUCCAUUUACAACCUUCCGGGACAGAACCAGACUGAUAAGCUCUUUGACGUUACAAGUGAAGUAGCUGUUGAAAAUGGAAGCAGUUUUCAUAAAGAUGUCAGCAAUUUGGUGACCUCGAUUGCUCCUGGCUUCUUAGCCAAGCGCUCCAAUGCUUCUGUCUCGACAAUUGAACUCUUUUCUGGUUCAAAAGAUAUUUCUCGCUUAGCAGGUCACCCUGCUUUGGUAGGUCCAUCGAUAUUUCAUGCUUCUUCUGUGCUUUCUUCUACAGUGAGGUUUUUAGAAGAUGCCAUCAUUUACCUUGAGGACCCUCAUCUGUCUCGAAAAUUUGCUGUUAAUUUUCUUAAAGAAUUUUUACAAGGACAUUACGUGCCCCAGCUGUUCAAUUUUAUGUCUAGCCAUCUCGAAAACAUUUUAGGAGACGCUAAUUCUUUUCGAGUAUAUCCGAAUUGGCGAGAAUAUUCGAAGUUUCCCAUAUUUAAAUGCCAUAUAAGUGUUGUUGAAUAUAUACAAGCUUUGCAGGAUUAUCUUCCAACUAUAUCUUUAAAUUUGGAUGAAUUUUAUGAUUUAUUGAAAGGUUUAUUAAGUCGCUUUCAGCUUCGGUGUGCUGAAUAUAUAUCAGAUUUAUGUCGGUCAGCUUUAUUAAAAGAAUAUAGAAAGUUUGACGAGGAAAAUGAGGAUGUAGAUGACACUGUUCGUUUUCGAGUACUACAUGAUGAUUUAAUUUAUCCCCAAUUAAUUCGUCUUAUGAAAGAGACCAAAAGAAAUUCAGCCGAUCUCGAUGAAAUAUGCAUUUCUGAAAAUAAACGACUAUUACAAUACGAAGGCCAACUAAUCGCAGACAAGAAAUUGCCUGUAUCUGUGUUAAGUAAAGAUUCGGAUUUACCUGAGCUACUCUCUUAUUUCUACAAUUCCAUGGAGUGGAUUCUUCAAAGGUGUUUCUCGUUUUAUCUCGAACAGGAUGAUUUUUCGAAUGUUUUACGACGAUCACAAGCUAAUUUAAAUGGAAACAUUAUUUCCUUUAAUGAAAUGGACUUUGGUCGUACAGAAGCCAAUUCACUCAAAAGUGUUUACGGAGAGUUAUUCGAAAAGCUUCAACAAACUAAGUUUGAUGCUCUACUUCUUAUAAGAAUGGAAAUACGGCUACGAUAUAUGAAUGCUUUUCAGGAAACAGUGACUCUUCCUGAUUAUGUAGUUGAAUACAGAGGUCGACCUGAUGUUUCUAUUGUGGAUUUGAACGCUACCAUCGUGUCCACUGUUUUGAAGCUAAAGAACUGUCUACCUGCAUGGGAACAAAAUUUUGUAAUCCAUGGUAUUGAUGGAUUUUUGGAUUCCCUGCUAUAUGCGAAAUUCUACAAGCUUGAAUCCAUGAAUCGUGGGGCUUGUUUACAGAUGCUUAAAAACAUGACAACAAUAAUCCAGGUGCUAAAAUCUCUGCAGCCAAACGUGCAUGAUGUUUCAUUCCCAAAGGCUUCGAAAGUUUUCGGAAUAUAUCAAAAUGGUGCCAAAAAAAUUAUUGAACACUUUAUGGCUACUCCUUCCAGUGAAUUAAUUAAAGAUGUGAAGCAAAUGGUUCGUAUUUAUUAUCAGCGAUUAAUGAAGGAUGCCAAUAAAAGUGGAAGAGAAGACCUUCAGCGUCAGUAUUCUAAAAAAGUGGGCUUGAUAAUGACUCAACUGGAGAAUGCCGUUAUCGCUGACCAAAAAUAAGCCAUUGGGUUUUAUCAUAUAGACUACGGAAGAUGUUUAAUGAAUUACGAUUAUUAUGCAUGCUUAGCAUAACGCAGUAUUAAUUAUUAUUACAAUCCCAAAACUACGUGCAGAGAUGUAAUUGAAAAAUAGAAUGAAGAUAAUAUCCUCUUAAAUAACCCGAUUUUAAUUAUCCACAAG